CUCUCAUUGUCAUAUCUUUGCUGCUACAUCAAAUAGUUCCCACAGUUUCCACAUCAAACCCAUAAUCAUCACGCCUCUCCAGGACCCCUUGUCUCUCUCUCUCUCUCUCUCUCUCUCUCUCUCUCUCUCAAAAAUGUCCAUAAACCACCUCUCUUCGGAGCUUCCAGAAACACUCUGGUGGACUCAACUACAACAAAAACAACAACACCACCCGAUCAUGGAGCCAAUCGCAAAUCUCCCUUCUUCUUCUUCUUCCUCUUCAAGACCCGACCUUUCUUGGACCCCGCAACUCUACUACCAACACCAAGCCUGGCUCAACUCCCAGAAUUUCCAAGAACUCGACGAUCAAACCCCCGAAAACCCGACCCACCAGGAAGAACAUCAAGACCAACAACAAGAAGAAGCCGAUGAAACCGAAAAAGAACCCAUGUUCGAGAAGCCAUUGACCCCCAGCGACGUCGGCAAGCUCAACCGCCUCGUCAUCCCCAAACAACACGCCGAGAAGUACUUCCCGCUCGGCGGCGACUCCGGCCUCUUGCUCAACUUCGAGGACGAGUCCGGCAAGUGCUGGCGCUUCCGCUACUCCUAUUGGAACAGUAGCCAGAGCUACGUCCUCACCAAAGGCUGGAGCCGCUACGUCAAGGAGAAGCGCCUCGACGCCGGCGACGUCGUUUUGUUCGAGCGCCACCGGACCGACGCCGAGCGCUUGUUCAUUGGGUGGAGGCGCCGUGGGGCCGCGGCGCACGAUAGCGGUUCUGGUGGGCACAUCGUGGUGGCACCGCAUGGUAAUAGCAAUAGUGGCCCCGGGUGGACCAGAGUGUUCUAUUCUGCGCAACCUUAUCCUACGCAUCAUCCCCUGCCAUACCAACCUGACUGUCUUCAUGCAGGGUCCCCUAAUCAGAGCCAAACGACGACGCCGGUGGGGAGCUCAAAGAUACUGAGGUUGUUCGGGGUGAACUUGGAGUGCCAGCCUGCAGAAGAGUCGUCGUCCGAGCCAUUCACACCCGAUGGCUCGUCUUUGUCGAGCCAGGGACCAGCCGACCAGCACUAUUAUCAUCAACCUACUUAUUCUUCGGAUCAUCACAAUCACAUGGAUAUCACUCUCUCCGGAGAUGUGAACAAGAUGAUGAGAAAUCGCCGAGGAUGAAGAUCUGUGGAUGUGAUGUUGCCCGCAAUGAGAUAUAUCUAACCUACUCGAAAGGGCCCCGAAAAAAUGGCAAAAAAAAAAUAUAUAUAUAUAUAUAUAUAUAUAAUAAAAAAAAAAAAAUCCCAGAUUUUCAGGCCGGCCUAGCUAGUUCCAAAGCCGAAGGGUAAGGGAACCAAAGGAAGGAAGAUUGGUGGGGAAAAGAAACUGCAGAUAGGGAAGGAGGGGGAUGGGGGAGUUUGGGACCCACAGAAAAAAGCUGGGGGGCUGACGUCACCCAUGCCAAAUGGGAAAUUUGGGUCGUUGAAAAUCAGGAAUGAGGAAUCUAUUUGCUACUGUUGAGAUUCUCCCUGAAGAUUUUUCCCAAGGCUUCAUCAUAAUAAUGGAAGGGGUAUGGUGCAGAUAAUGGUGGGUUUUGGUGGGUGGGUGAGUGGGUGGACUUGAAUAGAUUGGUGACAGUCCAGUAGUACUAGCCCACUCCCCCCCCCCCCCUCUCUCUCUCUCUCUCUCUCUCUCUCUCUCUCUCUCUCUCUCUCUCUCUACCUAUAUAUUAAAUGUAGCUAAGCUGUCUUGGGUGCUCUCCUGGAAUUCCCAUAUAGUGACUAGUGAGAAGCUGAAAAGGAGAGCACAUUUUUUCUUAUUGAAAAUUUUUGUAGCUACUUGCAAGUCAGAAGGCUAAAAAUCUUUCUAAAUACUACACGGGGCAUGAUGUUGAUGGGA